UUCCUGUAAAAUUAUAUCAUUAUGAAUCGGUUAACGAAAAUUUUUCAACCUACGCUAAUCGUCCCGAAAAAUGCCGUCGUCAAAAAUCAGGACGUGACCUCGAAAAGCCAACGGCUAAUGCUCGAGCAGGGCCUGAUCCGGCAGGCCGGCAACGGAACCUUCUACCUCAUGCCCCUGCUGCAGCGCUCGCUCCAGAAGGCCGUCGACCUGGUGGACCACUUUAUGCAGCGGCACGCGUCCGCCCAGAAGCUCACCCUGCCCAUCCUGACGGCGGCCAGCCUGUGGCGCCAAAGUGGCCGCCUGGAGAGCGCUGGGCCGGAACUGAUGCGCACCACCGACCGGCACGGCAAGCAGCAGAUCCUGGGUCCCACGCACGAGGAGAGCAUCACCGCGCUGGUGGCGUCCAUUUCGCCCGUGUCGUACCGGGCGUUUCCGCUGCGGCUGUACCAGAUUUCGACCAAGUUCCGGGACGAGAUGAAGCCUAGGUUUGGGUUGAUGCGCGCGAAGGAGUUUUUGAUGAAGGAUUUGUAUACGUUUGAUGUGGGACGGGGAGAGGCGAGGGAGACUUAUGAGGAGGUGAACGAGGCGUAUCGGAAGUUGUUUGAUGCGGUUGGGGUUGGGUAUGUUAAGGUUUGCGGGGACACCGGGACGAUUGGGGGAUCGGAGUCGCAUGAGUAUCACUUUCCGAGUGAGGUUGGGGAGGAUCAGCUGGUUUGUUGUGGGGAGUGUGGGAUGGGUUGGAAUCAGGAGAUGUUUGGGGGGUGUGAGAGGUGCGGCGGGGCCAACGUGAGUCGGCAGGCCGGGAUUGAGGUGGCGCAUGCAUUUAUUUUGGACGACAAGUACAGUAAAACGAUGGGGGCGAAGUUUUUGGCUCAGAACGGAAAGCCGGAAACGUUGCAGAUGGGAUGCUACGGGAUUGGCGUGACGCGGUUGUUGGCGGCUGGAGUUGAGGUGUUGUCCAGUGAGAAGGACAUUCGGUGGCCGUUUGCGUUGGCGCCGUUCAAGGUUUGUUUGAUUCCGCCGAAGGAAGGCAGUAAAGAAGCUGGGCUGGGUGAAAAGUGGGUUGAAAAGUUGAAUUUUGAAAUUGGAAAGCUGAGUGGAGUGGGUUCGGAUGUUUUGGUAGAUGAUCGUACCAACAUGACCAUCGGGAAACGACUUAUGGACGCGCGCAAGACCGGAUAUCCGAUAGUGGUUGUGAUCGGACCAAAAGCUGCUACCGAAAGUGGAGAACUGUUUGAAAUUCACAAUCAUGUGGAUGGAAGUCAGUUAAACCUUAGCUUUAGUGAAACUCUAGCCGAAAUUAAACGCAUUUGUGAUAGUCAGUUUAGUUAUUAUGAUGAUGGGAAUGAAGAAGAAUUUCCCGAUGCUCGCCAGAACCACUCCGUGCAGCAGGGCCAUCGGGUAAGGUUUGCCCGUGUCAUGGCCGACGUCCACGCGGUGCAGGAUUCGGGUGAACAGAUACAGAAACAGGUACAGCAGUAUCGUCCCAAUGAAAAUGUGCGCCAACGAAACGUAGAAGCCCUUCUCCGCGAGGAACGGGUCGGCGUGGUCCGAGCGGUAGCGUACGUUCGUGAAUCUGCUGAAGGCCUCGGUCCACAGGCACUAAUCUGCGAAACGUGCGUGGUCAACCGGUCCGGACCGCCGUCCGGCGGCAAGCGAGCCUUCCAGAAAACCGUGCUGGCGGUGGGUAACGACAAAAAGUCCUCCUCGUCGUCGGAGGAACCGGUCAUCAUGCUGAUCACCAACUCCAACAAGAGUGGCACCCGGUACGGGUUGCGGAAGAAUGUGGGCAAGAUCUUUACCCGGUUUUUGGCGGAGGGAAAGGCGACGAUAUCGUUCCAGAUUCCCGAGCACGACGUGCAGAUCAAGAGCGAGGUCGUUCAGUUGACUGGGUUUUUGAAGGUGCUGCGAGCGGUGCUUACGGGAGCGGGAGUUGAUGGUCCGGAUGGGGGCGCGAAGCUGUCGUGUCUGUCGAUGGUGAAUAAGAAGACGUCGGCGGUGCUGGCCGCUUCGAAUAAGGUGCUGGCCACAAAGUGCGUCAUUAAGAGUAGAGGGGAGUAUCCGUUGAAGGGAUUUUCGAGGAAUUUGGUGUCUUUGCAAAUCUCGGACAUUAAGCUGUGCCGGUUUGAUCCGCAGAUCUUGCUGCUGAAGAGUUUGAGGGUGCUGAAUUUGAGCAACAAUUGCAUUGAAAAGAUUCCACAGGCGCUCGGUCAGAUGAGACUGGUGGAAGUUGAUUUGUCCGGGAAUGCACUUCAGAACCACGCGUGGGAAUGGCUGCGGGAACCGGCCAUCCAAUCGAGCCUGCAAAGUCUCAACAUAUCCUCCAACAACCUCACCUACUUCCCCUCGAGCUUAAUCUACUGCCGUGUCCUAGUCCGUCUCGACAUCCAGAUGAACCACCUGCAGAAGCUGCCCUUCGCCGUCUGGAAAAUGUCCCGCUUGCGCUUCCUCAACCUGGCCCGCAACCAGCUCGCAUCGGUCCCCGAAUCCAUGACCCGCAUGAAGCUCGACCAGCUGGAUCUGUCGGAGAACAAGCUCAGCCAGGACGCCAGCACCGUUCCAGAUCUUCGCAUCCCCGCACUUCCCGGCCAGAUGCCGGCGCUGUGGGAAAUGGCCGCACGCGUCGUGGUCGCCCGCAAGAUUCACUACGCCCCGGGCAUUAUUCCGUUCCUGCUGGUGGAAAUCAUGAACCGCACGCCCAUCUGCGGCUGCGGACUGCUCUGCUUCACGUCACGGGUCUACGAGCGGGCCAAAGUCGUCCGGCUCAACUGCCAGCACCUGAUCAUGGACAGUAACCACGUGGUGUACGCGGACGCGGUCUUCUGUAGCCAGCGGUGCAGCACCAGGCAUCAGGCUCUCGUUCUCCGCCCGGCACUGCUCGUUCUCUGCCAUGCAAGCUUCCAGCUCGCGCUCGAGCUCGUCCAUCUCGGCGCUGUGUUUGGCCUUGCACUGCUGCAGCUGCUGAUAAACUCGUUCAUCGACUCCUUGCGCCUCUCCAUGAUCGUCACCCGGAGCGGUUUGUCCGGAAUGCUAGGAGCUUUCGCCGGUUUGGCUGGGGCAGGCUGCGGUGGCUUCGGCGUUUCUGCGGUCGCGACACUGUUGCUGCUGCUGGCCUUAACUGUUUGUACCUUUUUGGCUGUUUUCGGCGAUGAGAUCUUCUUCUCCGGCGACGAGGUGACCGUUGUUUCGACGGGUGGUUCAACGUCCGGCUUUGACUUCUUCGCCAGAACCGGACUGAUGCUCCUCCGUCUCUCCCUGCGAAGACGAUGUACUCCCAACAAUUUCCGCCUCCCCCAAAAUCAACUCAUGCUGCUGCUGCUGCUCCUCCCCCUGCUGCGGCUGAUCAUCGGACGGUUCCGUUCCGUACUCGUACGGGAUGGCCCAAAAUUUGGCAACUCUGAUUGUGACAGUUUGCGCGCUUCUGUCAAACUUUCGGAACAUCUCGAGGUUGCAGUCGUGAAGAAAAAUCGUCCAGAAGUCGCACAGAUUAAAAUGGCAGCAACCGGAAAGUUAUCGCUUCUGACCCGCCAGCUGAGCACCAGCUCGGCCACCGCCCAGCUCGUCAAGCCCCCAAUCCAGGUGUUUGGCCUCGAGGGACGCUAUGCGUGCGCGCUGUACUCGGCCGCCUCCAAGACCAAGUCGCUGGAGGCCGUCGAGAAGGACCUGAAGAGCCUGCAGAGCCAGAUGCGGGCCGACCCGAAUGUGCGCGACCUGCUGGUCAACCCGACCAUCAAGCGCAGCCUGAAGGCCGCCGCCAUGAAGGAUGUGGCCACCAAGGUCAAGUUCAACGCUGCCACCGGAAAUCUGCUCGGCUUGCUGGCGGAGAAUGGCCGCUUGGGCCGGCUGGAGGGCAUCACGAACGCCUUCUCGCUGAUCAUGGCCGCCGACCGGGGUGAGGUCGUGUGCGAGGUCAAGACCGCCAAGCCGCUGGACGACUCGCAGCGCAAGCAGCUGGAGGGUGCCCUCAAGGCAUUCCUGAAGCCGAACCAGACCAUCCAGCUGACCGCGAAGGUCGACCCGUCGUUGAUCGGUGGAAUGAUCGUGUCCAUCGGGGACAAGUACGUCGACAUGAGCGUCGCCAGCAAGAUCAAGAAGUACACCGACAUCAUCGCGGUUCCGGUCUAAAGGGAGGAACACAAGCUGUUGUUAUAUCUUUAGAACGUGCCAGGAUGGAGGCUGCCACUGCUUUAAGAUCAGUAACGUGGAAGCCGGUGUAGCGAUUGGUGUAAUACAUGUAAUAUGAUAAAAUCACGAAUAAAAACGAAAAAUCCA